GGCAGAACCUCCUGGCGUGCUGGCCAUGCAAAUGGAACUGUUCUCUUCUUCUUUCCCUUAGAUUCUCUUUUUAUUAUCGUUUAUUUGCUCGAUACCCAUUCCUCAGGCUUCGUAAUUGAUUUUUGCUGUCCCCUCACAUCUCACACCCUCUCCUUCUCGUCUGUCGUCAUGUCUGCAGAACUCGUCUCGCAAACGGCUCAGGGAGCUGUCCUCAGUGUAACUUCUAAUGUGCUGGCGCAAGUUAUAUCGUCCUAUAAGCAGCGUACACCCUUCUCGCUCAACCUCGCCCCUGUCAUCAAAUUUGCUGUCUUCAGCAUAAUCAGUAACCCUCCAAAUAUCCUCUGGCAAAUCUUCCUCGAAGAUAUCUUCCCAACCAACGUGCAAGCGCCGGCCCCCAAGUCGGAGAAGCACAACGGCAAACCUACGCCUGCUAGACAAAUCAAGACACAAAUGAGCGCGACAAAUGUCUUCAUCAAAUUUGUGUUGGACCAAACAUUCGGCGCCGUGGUGAAUACAUUGAUGUUCCUCAUAUACAUGGGAUACAUGAACGCGUCGCCAGCUGGCAAGCAAGGGCCUUGGGAUUCGAUUGCAAAAGAAAUUCAGGAGAAAUUCUAUCCCAUGAUCAUGGACGGGUACAAAGUCUGGCCGCUCUUCUCGUUGGUCAGCUUUUUGUGGAUUCCAGUUGAUAAGAGGGUGGUUGUUGGGUGUCUGGUCGGUGUUGGCUGGGGGAUUUAUCUGAGUCUGUUGGUGGAGUCCUAAGCUACCAUGAAGCUUGAACCAUGUUGGAAGCGGCGGACGCUUUUUGUGCAGCUGCUGCGUUAGUAUUGUUACUUGUUCCCUUGAGAAAGACUGCAUUUGCCACUUCUGGCUCGUUGCCUGUUGUAAAAAAUAAUGGAG